GACCUUUUCAUCCUUUUCAAGGAAUCACGCUGUAAUGCGCGAUUACGGGAGUAUAGUAAGUUCCGUUCAACACAUUUGUAACUACAAACGGGGCCCCACCCUGCCUUUUCACUCCAACAUUGCUCUGUUCCUUUUUUUCCGGCGACUGGAGAACUCACGGACUCCGGCCAUGCGUUAGAGAAAGAGAGAGAGAGAAUGAAAGAAAUCAAAGAAUACGGCUUUUAAACGCCUCUCUGUCUCACACAUAGACACAAAGGGAUCUACUACCGCUGACAUCUGAAGUUUAAGAUUUUUUUCCUUUUCUUCGUCAGAAAUCAUGGCUUCAAAAAGUAAAAUCAAAUCUGUUGAUUUUUACAGGAAAAUACCCAGAGAUCUGACAGAGGCAUCAUUAACUGGUGCUGGAUUGUCCAUUAUAGCAGCCUUUUGCAUGAUCCUUUUAUUUGGAAUGGAACUAAAUGACUACUUGACAAUGAGCACCACAACCUCUGUUAUUGUUGACAAGAGUUCAGAUGGAGAUUUCUUGAGAAUUGAUUUUGAUAUGAGUUUUCCAGCAUUGUCAUGUGAGUUUGCAUCAGUGGAUGUUAGUGAUGUGUUAGGAACAAAUAGAUUGAAUAUAACAAAAACAGUUCGCAAGUAUUCUAUAGAUUCUAAUUUGAGACAUACUGGUUCUGAAUUUGAAUCUGGACCAAUUGCAAAUGCUAUUAAACAUGAUGAGGAUGUAGAUGAAGACUAUACUGAAGGUUCCUUUUCACUAAAUGGCCGUAAUUUUGAUAUAGUAGCUCACCGAUAUCCAAUUUUGGUAGUGAACUUCUUUGCACCUUGGUGCUAUUGGAGCAAUCGUUUGAAACCUUCAUGGGAGAAAGCAGCAAAUAUUAUAAGAGAAAGAUAUGACCCAGAAAUGGAUGGACGAAUCCUUUUGGGAAAGGUUGAUUGCACUGAAGAAGUUGAUUUAUGCAGAAGGAAUCACAUACAAGGCUACCCAUCUAUUCGCAUAUUCAGGAAAGGAAGUGAUCUUAGAGAGGAUCACGGACACCAUGAUCAUGAGUCAUAUUAUGGUGAUCGAGAUACAGAAAGCCUAGUUAAGACAAUGGAAGAACUGGUUGCACCUAUUUCAUUGGAGUCUCAUAGGGAUAGCUCAGAUGCUAAACUGCCGACAAAUGGCACCAAGAGACCUGCACCAACAAGUGGAGGAUGCAGAAUUGAAGGUUUUGUACGUGUUAAGAAGGUUCCUGGCAACCUUGUCAUAUCAGCUCGUUCAGCAGCUCAUUCAUUUGAUGCUUCUCAGAUGAACAUGUCUCAUGUAAUUUCCCGUUUUUCCUUUGGUAAGAGGCUAUCUCAAAAAGCGAUCAGUGAUAUGAAGAAGUUUCUACCAUACCUGGGUCAAAGCUAUGACAGAUUGAGCAGCAAUGCAUAUAUUACCAAUCCAAAGGAGUCUAAUGAAAAUGUGACUAUUGAACAUUACCUUCAAGUGGUGAAAACAGAGGUCAUGACGGGAUCAGAUAAAGUAGUUGAGGACUAUGAGUACACUGCCCAUAGCAGUUUGGUUCAUAGCCUGGAUAUACCUCUUGCCAAGUUUCACUUCGAGCCAUCACCAAUGCAGGUCCUGAUAACAGAAAAUCCAAAAUCCUUCUCGCACUUCCUCACAAAUGUCUGCGCUAUCAUUGGUGGCACUUUUACGGUUGCUGGCAUAUUGGAUUCAGUUCUGCAUAAUACUCUGAGACUCGUGAAAAAAGUUGAACUAGGUAAGAAUUUUUAAAACAGCUGGAAAUUUGUUACUAUUGUUAGUAUAUGUAUACAGAGGAGUAGUUUUUGAACAUCAAUGCAUUAUUAAACUGUUUCAAUACUACAUUGAUGUUUCACGAGGGAGACUUCAAUUUGUAAAAUUAUCAACACAAAUUUUCAAUAAUAUAUUUUGCUUUUAUA